CUCGUUAAGUUUGAUCAUGGGCUGUGAGUGGAGAGACUUCCGUCUGGCGAACAUGUCAAGCGACAGUUGGUCUCCUCCCCCGGAAAUGCACAUCUGGAAGCCGAGUAUCGAGGUGGUGAUGAAGGAGGAGUCGGGAGAGUCCCACCCUGUCGUCAGCGUGUCGCCCGAGGGGAACGUGCUGCAGAUGAGAUGGUACACCCUGAAGGUGACGUGUCUGAUGCAGCUCCAGGCCUACCCGCUGGACAGGCAGAAGUGCAGCGUUUUGUUCAACAUCCGUAAGUCACGGCUUUUCUCUGCUUCUUCAGCCUUGCUCUCGGUAACAAUGACUUGUGGAUGGGACUUGUGGAUGGGACUUGUGGAUGGGACUUGUGGAUGGGACUUGUGGAUGGGACUUGUGGAUGGGGCUUGUGGAUGGGACUUGUGGAUGGGACUUGCGGAUGGGACUUGUGGAUGGGACUUGUGGAUGGGACUUGUGGAUGGGACUUGUGGAUGGGACAUGUGGAUGGGGCUUGUGGAUGGGACUUGUGGAUGGGACUUGUGGAUGGGACUUGUGGAUGGGACUUGUGGAUGGGACUUGUGGAUGGGACUUGUGGAUGGGACUUGUGGAUGGGACUUGUGGAUGGGACUUGUGGAUGGGGCUUUGGGAGGCGCACGGAUCUUGUGGGGAUGGUCGACAUAUUGGUUUCCAGGGGCAACGCCGGUGGUGACGCGUACAUCCGGGCUACAUUCGCAGCUGCAGCUGGAGACGGUGGAGACGUUUGCUUACGUCAACUCGCUGGUGUUACCUGAGGCAAUCUGCGUGUACGAAGGCGGCGCGUGCGACUACGGCGAGACGGAGAACUGCCUGCGGAAGCAGUGCACCAGCGUGGAGCGGAUCACCUCGCAGGAGUGCCGCACGUGUAACUACUUCAGCGGCGUCUGUCACAACGGCACGGUCCAGGACUGCGACAGUCUGCAGGCAGUAACGCAGGGUGACCAGGUGUUCACGACCGGGGAGCUGCGGUUCACGCUGACCCGGCGGCUGUCCUACCACCUGCUGCAGACCUACAUCCCGUCCAUCAGCAUCGUGGCCAUGUCCUGGAUCUCCUUCUGGCUCAACAAGGACGCGGCUCCGGCCAGGACAGCGCUGGGGGUCACAACCGUCCUCACUAUGAUCACACAGAGCGGGCGCACGGAGGCCAUGCCGGAGGUGUCGUACGUGCGGGCCGUGGACGUCUGGCUGCUCGUCUGUCAACUCUUCGUCUUCCUGGCGCUCAUCGAGUACGCCUCCGUCAACUACAUCUCAAGGACUAUCAGGGCUAAGGUUGACACUCCCAGCGAACCUACAGAAAACUGCAGUUUCUUUAAGGUACAAGAAGACUGUCAGAAUCAGAAUCACCUUGAGACUCCCGUGAAGGUCACAAAGAUGGACGGCAGGCAGAUAGCCGAGAAAAUAGACGAAAUCAGCAAAAUGCUCUUUCCUCUCUCCUUCCUCUUGUUCAACCUCCUCUACUGGUCGGUCUACUUCUUCGUGGUGCGCUGAAGUGCAAAACGUCACCACUAGCUGUGCAGAACGUCAUCGAAACUUGGGCACAGGACCGUCAGACGUCAUCAUUCCAUGAAAAUGGACGCUUCGAACACACCGAGCGGUCUUAUGUAGUG